CUUGGGCACGUCGUUGACAUCAUCGAAACCCGCUUGACGGGCGACGUUGCAACUUGUCACCACCGAUAAGAUAACGAAAUUGGUCGGACAGUUGCAUUGUCAUGAAAACGUAUAUAAGCGUGGUAAAGGACCCAUGAUUGGACUCACGAGCGAAACAGACGGGAGGAUAAGAAACGUUCGAUCAGGGAAUAAAAGGGCCAAAAAGCUCAGAGAACCCGAUAGAACCUUUUGAAGUGCAAAUUAUCCAGACGAAAGCAACCAAAUUCAAGCAGCAACAGAAACAAGAUAGGAGAAACAAUGACAACAAGUGAGAAGGUUGUGUGUGUGUUUUGUGGGUCGUCGUUUGGUAACGAUCCGGAGUUCACCGCCCAAGCCAAAGCGUUGGGCCAGGAACUUGCCUCGAAGAAAUGGGGGUUGGUGUACGGUGGUGGAACCACUGGGUUGAUGGGCGCCGUUGCAAAGGGCUGUUCAUCCAACAAGGGCUAUGUCCAUGGAAUCAUUCCAGACGCGUUGGUGUCCAAGGAACGUGCGGAUGAAGACGUGGAGGCUUUUAACAACAAGCUAAAAGAAUCCGUUGACAACCACCAGGGGGUCACGCCUAUCAACGAAGAGUACGGUAAGACCACUGUGGUGCCAGAUAUGCAUACGCGUAAGCGUAUGAUGGGCCUCGAAGCAGAUGCCUUCAUCGCAAUGCCUGGUGGGUACGGUACUUUGGAGGAGGUGAUGGAGGUUAUCACCUGGAGUCAAUUGGGUAUCCACAGCAAGCCUAUUGUCUUUUUCAAUAUCAAUGGCUUCUACGACGGCUUGUUGGAGUUCAUCAAGAGCUCCAUCAAAUCCGAGUUCAUUUCCGAGAAGAAUGGCAAUAUCAUCAAAGUUGGAACCACAGUGGAUGAAGUCUUAAGCUUGAUUGAGAACUACGAGGUUCCUGAAGGCAGAUACAACUUAAAAUGGGAGUCCCUUGGUAAGUCCUCCCAUCAAUGAUUUCCCGGCCUGAUCUAGGUCGAGGGAUCGUUGAACCCUUGGCAUCUCACACCAACACAUGGUAUCAUAGUUCAUAGCACGUCUAUCAAAGUUCUUUGCAUAAUUUCAUAUUGAGAGAAAAUAAACAAAAAGUUCUACAGGUUGAUCGAAUUUACUC